CGGGGCGUGACUAAUUACAGGUCGUCGCAACAUAUGGAUGUAGCGUUGGGCAUUAGGCGGCGGCAAGAAGGAAAUUCACCAUACCCAACCCCUAUUAAACAAACAACCAAACUAGAUCCCAAAAUAAUAUAAAUUGAUAACGGCAUGUGAUAAGUACGAGAUAAAAAAAUGAUUUACAAACCACACGUCAUGGAAUGAAAUUCGUUUAACAUAUUGUAUCUUAUCAGCCAAAACUGUUCGCAUCAAAGCAUACGGAUGAGUACAGGGAAACAGAAUGGCAUAAGUUGUACAGAAAAUGCUGUCAUUAGAAUGGAAUUCCUAAACGACCUGAACGAACCACCGUUACAAGCAACAGGUAGCGCGUUCCGCCGAGGGUCUAAAUUGUUUGUUGAAACCCAGUCCAACUCUACCAACGGCAUACAAUCAAAACAUUGACCACACAGAAGCAAAAGGGGCCGCAUAUUGACGGAGGUGGUCUUCUCUCUCAUUAUUCAGCGGACUAUGGUCAGCAACAAUUACGCGGAGCCGCCGCUGGUUUUUAUGGAGGAAGGUUGUUACAUAACCCUGACCAUCGCAAGCAAGCAGUCCUCACCAUCAAUGGGGGUGGUUUGUGUGGCUCAUCAACGGCAACGGAGUGGUUGCAGUAUGUGUUUCUCCAUUUCGGUGGCCGUUUUCAUUUUCCUCCGUUGAAAGGCGUCUGACGAUGGUGUGGUGCCGUGUGGACGACGUUGUUCGUAGUAGCGAUUUCCUUUACUCCGCACACAUCACAGUGGAACAUUAACUCUACCGGAACAUUACAACAAACAUCGGUACACGUGAAGGAAAAGGAAAUUGCGCCAAUGGAGGAGCACAAUAUGCAUUUGGGCCAACCGAUGCCGAUGGCCAUGUCGGACGACCCACCAACCGGGAACCCCAAUCCGCACCAGGGGAAGAAGGCCUCGCGGGGUAAAAAGGCACCGAAAGUGGUGGAGAGCUCCCAGCCGAUCGAGGAAGCGCUCAAGUCGGAACUGACGACGAACAACAUGAAGACGCCGAUCUCGGUGCUGCAGGAGCUGCUCAGCCGUCGUGGCAUCACACCGCAGUACGAUCUGAUACAGGUGGAAGGAGCAGUGCACGAACCGACGUUCCGGUAUCGUGUUUCGUACCAGGAUAAGGAUGCAAUGGGUACGGGCAAAUCGAAAAAGGAAGCGAAACAUGCCGCCGCAAAAGCGUUGAUAGACAAGCUAACGGGAUCGAUAUUUCUCGACCAUCCCGCCGUAUACAUGAACGUCCACAAGCCAGAAGUCGUAAAUGUGCACACCAACAAUAACGUCAACGGAGAGGAGGAACCGACCGGCAAUCCGAUCGGCUGGCUGCAGGAAAUGUGUAUGGCCCGCCGACUGCCACCGCCAACGUACGAGACGGAAACGGAGGAAGGAUUACCCCACGAGCGCCAGUUCACUAUCGCCUGUGUGGUACUGAACUACCGUGAGGUUGGGGAAGGCAAAAGUAAAAAGAUCGCCAAACGGCAAGCAGCACAGCGGAUGUGGCAGCGGCUGCAGGACCAACCGCUCGAACCGAGCCAAAUAAUGCAGCUGCUGGACGAGGAAGGCAAUGAGGAGCUACGCCAGACUGGCUAUGCCGGCCGCUAUGCUGGCCUAAAGGAUGUUUGCAUACCAACACUCACGACCAGCCAGAGCCAUAAGGUGUCCCAGUUCCACAAGGCGCUCAAGUCCCGUGCGGGCAAAACUUUGCAGCAGCUGCAGAACUUAAGCCUUUGCGAUAGAAGCAUCGACUUCAUACGCUUACUGGCCGACAUAGCGAAGGAGCAACGGUUUGAGGUCACGUACGUGGAUAUCGAAGAAAAGGCAGGCAACGGUAAAUUCCAGUGUCUGGUGCAACUAUCCACCAUGCCCGUUGCCGUGUGCCAUGGUAGUGGCAAUUCAAUUCAGGAGGCACAAUCGUACGCGGCGCGGAAUUCGCUCGAGUAUCUCAAAAUAAUGACCAAACCUUAAGCGGGUUCAAUAGUAAUUGCGAGUACCGCGUUUACUAGUCCUUGCCGGAUUCGGAGUGCGCUACACACUGGCCUAGACACUGGCUAGGGUGCAAGCGCGCGCGCGCGUUUUCGGUUUCCGUUUUAAGGCGUACAACUCGCCCGAAUCGUGAACCAGCGCCACAAGAGUCAGGCGCGCGCGCGCGCGCAGAGGAGGACAUUUUGCUGUGUUCACAAGCACCGUUGUGAAUGCAGGCUAUUGGUUUGAUUUGUGACACACACAUUUUUCUUCAUCAUCUUUGAGGAUUUGUUUUUUUGUUUUUUUGCUUUCUACUUUAAGUAUCAAUUUUUCGUAGGCAUUUCUUUUCCUUUCUUUUUUAAUAUUUAAUACCUCGCUGCUAUUAUGGUAAAAUCGUCUGUAAUUUACGUUGAAUUGAUAGCUUUUUUUUUAUUUUCUUAGCUGUUUUAACUUUUUUUGUAUAAAACUUUUAUUAUAUCGUAUUUCAACAACGCUGCAAGCACGGCGGCUGAUGUUUAUUGUAUAUUUUAUCUCAUUUUUGUAUUCUUUUUAUAAAAUAUUUGAACUUUACUAUUCUUUUCAUGAAUAAUGAUAAACAAUUUUGAACACAAUUCGUAGAGAUAUUUAAACAUGGUAUCGAAUAAUUUGUCUUUUGCUUCUGAAUGAUGGCUAUCAUUGGACUGGUCCUUCUAGAAUUGAUCGAUAAAAAGAGCAAUGGGAUGCCCCUUACAAAACCGCUGCUAUUAAUCUAACAAAUUAACGUUAAUAGGUUUCCUGAAGAGUGUAGGAAAAUCUUUUCAAAUGAAUUAUGUGACACUCUUUGCUCUUUCCAUUGUCUUUGCCCCACUUUAUUUAAUUCCAUAAUCCCUUCAACACACCACCAAAUACGGUUGCGCAGUGCUUUAUCAAGCUCAAUCCCGAACAGACGUAUAGGUUUUGAGGAAACAGUAACUCCGCGUUUUGAUUCUAUGAAUAGAAUAAGAAAUUGAAAAAUUGAAAUGUUUGAACUUACAGUUUAUUGAAAACCAACCAAAAACAAAAAAACACAAGCGCUCGCAAAAAGACAAAAAAGAAAAAAGGAUACGUCAAAAAUGAGGAAGCAAAAAUGUGUGUUAUUCUGCUGGUCCACAGAUAUGGCCAUGAAAGUAAAAUACGGCUCCUGGCUCGGUGAUACCACAAUCCUCCGCACCAUCGUUUUCACGCACCACGGAUUGGCCAGCGGGAUGGGUAUUGCAUCCACUCAAACAGCGGUCCGUUGUGGCCGGGUGGGGGGAAAACGGGAAACACCCAUAAUCUAUCGUAAUACAAGCUAUACUUUGCAUGGAACUAGUGGAUUUUGUUUUCCCAACAAGAAAUGUAAGCAAACAACAGUGAGGAAAGUGUUAUUGUGAUGCUAAUUACUAAAGCCCAACCAUAAACAAAACAAAUCUCACCCUUCAGUGGCAGAUUUUUAGAUGCCAAUAUGUGCAUGUGUGCGUGUGUAUGUAGUUCGUAAUCAGAAUGCAUUUUUUGUUACCUUAUUUCACUUGCUUUAAUAAGUAUUCUCAUAAGGAGACGUUACUACAAUCAGGCAAAGAUCUUCAUACAAUCAGGCAUCAUUGCUCUAUAAACUCCUUACCAAUGGUUGUUUCUUGCAUAGUGUUAUCUUACUCAUUGAUAAUUGCAGAGUUUUGACCGAUAAACCAUUCUAUUUAUCGAUCGCCAAAAUACCAAAAUAGGUUUGCGGUUUAACAUCAAACUCCUUGUCAAUUUCAACGUUUAUUUUCAUUAAUUUAAUAUAUUUAUCCUCUGCAACACACAUUUACAUGUACACACAUGCAUCUAAUACGUUGCUACUGGGCAAUCAGCGAAUUUGGCAAACAGAACAAUGCAUGUAAUUCUUUACACGAAGAAAGUAUGGUUCAUAUGGAACUACUUCUCCGGUCUCUACUAUUAUUACCACUACCAAUCUGCAUCACGCUAAUCAAUUUAUAUGUUAUAAAUCAGUGAAAGAUUAAGGGAAAGAGAGAGAGAGUGAGGAAGAGAGAAAUAGAGUUACUACAGCAAAGGAAAAAUAAGUGAGUGUACUUCAUCAUUCUAGUGAGCAGCGUCCCAUGCUUGUAGGAAAAUGGGCAUUAAUUUAAUGCAAAGUAUAGAGGUUGUAUGAUUGAUUGGAUGAAAAUAAACUUAUACCUAUGGGAAAUA